UGUCACUUCACAACAACCUGUCAUUGGUAGUCUGUCACUUUAAGAACAUCCCUUGGUUUGACUUCCACUCUUCCCCCGCCACCAGCCGUCUAGGAAUCAUGGCGGAAUGUAAAAAGUCUACCUCAUGUCCGUCUCCAGCUUCAGAAAUGACCUCUCUCGCUAGAGCUUUGUCCCAUUCAAGGUUGAGUCAACCUGAUCAGUCUGUGUUCAAGUCGCAUACUUCUGUUUACCGGAGCAAUGUGGUACAGCCAGGCCGACGGAGGAGGUUGUCGAGCAGCAACAGUGUUGAGUCUCUGGAUGUGAGCCCCAGUGCUGAAGCGCGAGUCUUGGUCAUCAACACCGGAGGAACUAUCGGGAUGAUGUACCAUAAUAACGUGCUGUCCCCAGAGCCUAAUGCGUUUGUGAAGGCCCUGCGAAAGCUUCCCAUCCUCCAUGAUGAGCAGUAUGCCCUGCAGACCCGUAUGUACGACUACUACAGCACGAGUGGCCCACAGGAGAACACCCUUGUCCUGCCGCUGUGCAAACAAAAUAAGAGGAUAGUGUACACUGUUUUAGAGUACAGCCCCUUGCUGGACUCUUGCAAUAUGACCACAGAUGACUGGGCUACAAUUGGGAAGGACAUUGAGAGGCAUUAUAAUGCAUAUGACAGUUUUGUCAUUCUCCACGGCACGGACACCAUGGCCUACACAGCAUCCGCUCUGUCCUUCAUGUGUGAGCAUCUGGGGAAGCCUGUCAUCCUCACCAGCUCCCAGGUGCCGAUCUAUGAGAUGAGGAACGAUGGAAGAGACAACCUGUUGGGGGCGCUGCUGAUCGCUGGUCAGUUUGUUAUUCCUGAGGUUUGUCUGUAUUUCCACAACAAGCUGUACCGGGGCAACCGUGUGACCAAGGUGGAUUCUGGGAGUUUCAAUGCCUUCAAUUCUCCUAACUUGGCUCCUCUGGCCAAUGCUGAAGUGGAUAUUAAAAUUAACUGGGACACAGUGUGGAGAGCAAACACAACCUCGCGGUUCAGAGUGAGCACUCAGAUGAACCGUAACGUGGGUCUGCUGAGACUCUUCCCAGGCAUCACUGCGAUGACCGUGAAGUCCUUCCUGCAGGCGCCCAUGGAGGCCAUUGUCCUGGAGACGUAUGGUAGUGGAAACGCCCCUGAUAACCGUGCUGACCUGCUUGAGGAGUUCCGAAAUGCCACAGAGAGGGGCGUGAUCAUGGUCAACUGCACCCAGUGUCUGAGGGGUUCUGUCACCACAUCGUACGCCACUGGAAAGGCCUUGAGUGACGCAGGACUGGUGGCAGGCUGUGACAUGACUCCUGAGGCUGCCCUGUGCAAGCUGUCCUACGUGCUGGCCAGGACGGACCUCAGCAUAGAGGCCAAAAGAAAGAUGCUGAGUCAGAACCUGCGGGGAGAGAUGAUCGCUGACCUGCAGGGGGCCAAGCUCACUCUGAGUGACAGUCGCUUCAUCCAGGUCAUCGCCAAGUCCCUGAGCAUCAGCUGUAAGGAGGAGCUAGAAGCCGUCCGGGAUGCUCUGACACCCACCUUAGCUUGUGCCGCUUCUAAGAUAGGAGACUUGGAGGCCUUGGAUGCCAUAAAGGAGAUGGGCAGUAACUUAAGUCUGGGGGACUAUGAUGGACGUACCCCUCUGCACAUCGCUUCCUGUGAGGGCCACCUCAAUGUGGUGCAGUAUCUACUGAGCCAGGGCGCCACUGUCUACGCCAGAGAUCGCUAUGGGGACACACCCCUGCGCAAUGCUGUGCGCUUCAGACACAAAGAGGUGGUGAAGCUGCUGAGAAAGACUGGAGCUCAUUUCUCCAGGGAUGAGUUGGAGGAUGCCGGCUCAGAGCUGUGCAGUCUGGCAGCCUGUGCUGACAUCAAGGGCCUGGAGAUGUGGCACCUGGCUGGGGGAGACCUAGACACGCCAGGCUACGACGGGCAGACGCCGAUGGAGGUGGCUAAGGCUGUGGGGAAUGAAGUUGUGAUUGACUUCAUACACCAGAUCAGCCAGUCCCACGCCCAGUCAGAUGAAAGUAAUGAGCCUCUGUUUAAAGAUGAUGCUGAGAAUGGAGAAUACAUUGAGUUCUCAGCCUGUCCAAAAGAAUCCUGAAGACUAAGACCCUCAACGCUUACCUUUCCAUUUUACUCUCUUACACUGGAUAUUUGCACAAGCUUGCAGAUUAACAUUUUUUUUUGUAGAUUCAUCCAAACAUUUACAAUUGAUAUAUUUGCGUUAAUCUCAUAUGCAGUUGGUAAACUGUAGUUGUAAAAGCACAAGUAGCACAAUAUUGGAUGUCAAGUAAUAUGGAUGCUCUGUGCCUAUAACAGGCAGCACUAUAUCUGUUUGUUUUGUAUGUACCACAGUAUGUGAUGUAUGUGGUAGGAAUUAUCAGAGUUCAUUGGAAGCACAGGGUAGAAUGCUGUUCUUUAUGAGGCAUUUGAUUGGUAGAAUGCUGUACCUUUAGAUGUGCUUUAUGAAACACUACGAGACAUUUAUUCUAAACGGAAAUCAUUGUGUGAAUAACUGUUUGCCUAUAUGUUUAUAGUCUCACUUAGACUGCAUGAAUGAUACCUCUACUUUCAGGGAGGUGGAGGAAUUGUAUGAGGUGUUUCCUGUUUAUUAAACAGAACAAUCCAUCCCUCUGUUCUGCUUCCACACAGCUCCUAGCAUCCAAACCCAGGGUCCUUUUAUAGUUGAUAAAAGCAUCUGAUGAAUUACAUUUUUAUCUAAAGCAACUUGCAGAGACAAAAGGUUACUCUAAUCAAUGUGAAAUUCCAACCCACAUUGUCUUCUAUAGUUGGGGUUGUGUACUACAUCUUCUACCUGUCUCAUCCUGCUUCCUUGUUUCCCUACUCUAACAGCCCGGACAGAGACCGAUGUCAUAUAGCUGGACAUCAAUUCAGCUGUUAUCCAAUAACUGUUACUCAGUGCUAUGUUCAUGGUCAAUUAACUAUUUGAUUCAAUUAAAAUGUCAACAUUUAUUAGUAUGUGUCAAUCCAUGUCAUGGUUUAUGUCAUGCAUAUUUGUACUAUUGUGUAACUAGUAGAAAAUAUAUCAUAACUUUAUACUUGACUGUGAUUAAAUGUAUACAUCUAUGCUGUAUCUGAAGCACACAGGUUUGUGGACAAUAGGAUGUAGAAGGAACACCCUGUUCGUCUCCACCGUUCAAAAGUUUGGGGUCACUUAGAAAUGUCCUUGUUUUUGAAAGAAAAGCACAUAUUUUGUCCAUUAAAAUCAUUGAUCAGUAAUACAGUGUAGACAUUGUUAAUGUUGUAAAUGACUAUUGUAGCUGGAAACGGCUUUAAAAAAAUGUUUAAUGGAAUAUCUACAUAGGCGUACAGAGCCCCAUUAUCAGCAACCAUCACUCCUGUGUUCCAAUGGCACGUUGUGUUAGCUAAUUCAAGUUUAUAAUUUUAAAAGGCUAAUUGAUCAUUAGAAAACCCAUUUGCAAUUAUGUUAGCACAGUUAAACUGUUCUGAAUAAAGACUCAAUAAAACUGGCCUUAGACUA